AUACAUCCAUACCUACACUGUCUACACUUAUAUAAUACCAACUUACAGAUAAAAUAUAGGAUGUUUCGGUUGUUGAGGGGUGCUACAAGCAGGAGCUUGGCUCAGCAGGCCAUCAGGAGUAUUUCGCGUACAUCCAGACUGAACUGCAAAUAUGAAUCAAACUUGCACAAAGUGAACAAUGUAGAGAAACGUUUCCUGGUUUGGACUGGGAAGUUCAAGAAGAUCGAAGAUGUUCCCACUUUUGUCCAAGGUGACAUUGUGGAGAAAGCCAGGAACCGAAUGCGUAUCCGCAUUGCAAACUGCAUGAUGGCUGUAACCAUGAUUGGAUGCUUCCUGAUGGCUCUCAGUGGUAAGAGAGCUCAUGAGCGUGGAGAAUCUGUGCAACAGCAAACCUUAGACAGACAUCGCCUCUUGAAGGAGGAGUACCUAAAGGAAGCACAAGAGUUGAAAAACCAACAAGCCAAAUGAUAUUGUUACGAGGAAGAUACUGAUGAUGAGAGUUUAUUGGAUUUGGAGUCCUUCAUUAGGAGCUUAGGCUUUUAUUUUUUUUAAUGUAAUUUAAAUUGCAUACACUCAGAUUAAAGAAAAUAGGUUACAUUUUA